UGUGUGAAGUACACAGCAGGAGUCGCGCAUGCGCAGCAGCACAUGUGUCAGGCCGCGCAUGCGCACUUCUCCAACACGUGUGCCGAACACAAAACUUCUACAAAAGAAAGUUUUUGAGAGUUUCUGGGCAGAACAGAACCGGUCCGCCUGCACAGUGCUGCGAGUAAGCGUCUUCGCUCGGGCUGUUUCGGGUCGCGUCAGGACGAUGCCGCCGACGAUUUAUCAGAGUUCCGCCGCCGGAAGAGCGCCGUCUCUCCGGGAUGAGCUGACAGGGCUCCUGCAGCAGAGGAUUCUGGUUCUGGACGGUGGAAUGGGAACGAUGAUCCAGCAGAGGAACCUGGAGGAGGAGGAUUUCAGAGGUCAAGAGUUCAAGGAUCAUCCCAAGAGUCUGAAGGGCAAUAAUGACGUCCUGAGCAUCACCCAGCCGCACGUCGUCUACAGCAUCCACAGGGUGUGUGUGAUCCACAGUCCUCCGCAUCGUCACACACACGGCUUCUGCGGGUCUCCAAAGUCUUAAUCUUCCCUUCCACGAAUGAAGGUCUUAAAUCAGAGCAGAAAGCUUUUACAGAUUAAGUCGUGGCAUUAAAUGUUGCAGCG